AUGGGAGUUCUUCAACGAGUCACCACGUGGUGGCUAGGUCUACUCAACCUCUUGGCCGUGAACCAACUCGUGCUACGCCAGCAUGGCAUCAAAGCUUUCCGCGGUUUCAUCUCCAAAGACCCUUCCCCAGACGAGGCUGACGAAAGUAUCCGAGUCUCGCGCGAGAUCCUUUCCUAUGGACCGACAAUCGGAAUAGAUCGGGCUGCCCACCUGACAACUCUCUCAUCUGCGCUUCUCACACGCUCAACUGGUACACAUGAUCCAAAAGACCUUGACGACGCCAUCUCUGUAGCACACGAGGCAAUAUCCCUCUCUCCACCAACAGAUCCCAGCCAGCGUCGUGUCGGCCUGCUCCAUACCCUUGCCGAGUCUCUCCUCCGUCGGUUCGAGUUCACCGGUCAGUCGACCGAUCUGCGGGAGGCCGUGUCCUACCUCAAAAGUGCACUCCUACUUCGUCCCCCUGGUCACACAGAACGCUACCUUUCCGUGCUUUCCCUUGCAAGGGCACUGCAUACUCGUUUCUCCCAUUCUGGCGAACGCGAAGACUUGAAUGACUCCAUCGACAGAAGUCGCGAGGCUCUUUCGCUCUUCGAUCCCACUCUUCACGACCGGCUCCCCUUGCUAACCACGCUCGUAGCAUCGCUGCUCAGCAAUUUCUCGCAAACCGGUCAGCAGGCCGAAUUGGACCAGUGCAUCGAGUACGCCGAAGAAGCCGUCUCGUGCUGUCCACCAGAGUCGCGGGCUCGACCUGCAGCGUUAUUCGCCCUCUCGCAAUCGCUGUUCUCUCGGUAUGAGCAGCGAGGCAAAACUGCCGACCUAGAGGCGGCUAUCGAAUGCGGGCGAGAAUAUGCUCGCAUCUGCCUUCCGGGAGAUCCUGGACGUAUUCGCGCGCUGGACACCGUGGCCGCCGAACUCUUGGCGCGUUUCGAGCAUGCCGGAAAGAUGGAAGAUCUGGAAGAGUCGAUGACACUGGUCAACGAAGCUCUCGCGCUAUGCUCCCCGAUGAUGCCCAUUCGCGCGGCGCUUGUUGACACCCUCGUCGCCGCUCUAGUAGCUCGGUUCACGCAGGAAGGGCGGGAGGAAGAUCUGGAGGAGGGCAUCAAAUAUGGCGGCGAAGCCGUUGCGCUUCGCCUGCUAGAUCAUCCGGACCGACCUCGCUCGUUAAACAACCUUGCUGCCGCGAAGUGGACCCGUUUCCUAUUCGCCAGCAAAGAAGAAGACAUAGGGGAAAGCAUCGCGUCUCUUCGUGAAGCCACCGAACAUCUACACUCCGGUUCCAUCCUUCGCACGGUAGCUCUCAGCAGACUGGCAGAUGCCCUCCUUUUCCGGUUCAUGUCGACAAGUGAUCGUGAUGAUCUUGACGAAAGCGUGGCACGGGGGAAGGAGGCACUUUCUGCAUGCAGUUCUGACGCGUCAAGCCGUGCGAUGAUACUUAACAGCCUGGCCUCCUCAAUCGGCAAUCGCUUUGGAUACGCUGGCGACACAGAAGACCUCAAGCUGUCGAUAAAGUACUUCCAAGAAGGCCUCGCUUGUUGCGCGACAGAUGCACCGAUGUACCUCCCCUUGGUCAAUGGCUUCGUGACAUCCUCCGUUGCCGCUUUCUUCUACUUCAGGCGGCAUGAUUUGCUACGCCGAAGCGCAGAUCUGGGGCAGAAAGCAUUGGACCGCUGCUCGCUCAAGAACCUACACCGCCCCGCACUACUAGGUAGCCUUACUCCGUCAUUUGUGAUCAAAUUCAUGGAUGGCGGACGUCUAGAAGAUCUAGAGGAAGCCGUUGCCCACGCAGAAAAAGCUCUGUCCUCAUGUCCGCUCAAACUUUUUGCUCGUCCCGCUUUGCUCCUCGGUUUAGCAAGCACUUUAGAUGGUCGUUUUAGGCGGAAAGGAGAAUUAAACGAUCUCGUUCGAUGCAUCGAGUGUGCCCAGACUGCUCUGUCGCUGUGUUCUCUCGGCCAUCUUCUCCGACAUGAUAUCCUGGGCACACUUGGUCAGUCUUUGGGGGCUCGCUUCGUGUACUCUGGAGAGGUGCAAGACCUGAAUAAGUCCGUCAAAUGCUUCCAAGAUGGCCUUGCCCUGUGUCCACCACAGUCCCCUGCUCGCCCUCAGCUCAUGUCCGGUUUAGCAAGCGCUUUGAACGCUCAGUCCAUCCAUACGGGCCAGGCAAACCCUGCGAAGAGUCCCAUCGACUACUCUCAACAAGCCCUCGAGUCUUAUCCCCAUGGACAUCCUGCGCGUGCCGACGCACUAGGGAGCUUGGCCUCGUUGUUACGUCAACGCUUUUUGAUGACCGGAAACCGACCCGACCUGGAGAAGUCCGUCGAGUACUUUGAAGAGGCUCUAUCCUCUUGUACGCUAGAGCCGCCUGAACAAAUCGACCUGAUGUUAGGAUUGACGGCCACUCUCCAUCAGCGCUACUCGGCAACACAUAACGUGGAGGAUCUUCAUAAGAGCGUCGAAUAUGGACAUAAAUGCUUGUCUCUCUGUCCCUCAGGGCAUACUAUUCGCCCGGAGGCAUUGGCGAACUUGGCGUCGACGCUAGCGGAUCGCUACGGCCUACUGGGGAACGCGGAGGAUCUGGAGACGUACAUCAGCUACUCCAAAGAGGCUCUUGCCUCACAGGAGCAAGUGUCGCCCUGCCUUGCAGCUGAUUUGAUGUCUGCGCUGGCAUCAGGACUCGGGGAGCGAUCCGUGGUUCAAGAUCGGCGCGGGGACCUGACCAGUAGCAUCGACUACAGCUACAAAGCGCUCGAGCUUUGCCCCCCUGGAUAUACCGGCCGCAUAUCGGUCCUGGGCACUCUAGUGUCCUCUCUCAAUCAGCGAUUCAUGAUUACCGGUCAAUUGGAGGACUUAAACAAGGCAGUUGGUUGUCUGCAAGAAAUAAUCCAGCUAGCACCUGACGCAGCCGAGUCUCCCAUUCGUCUCACGGCAAUAUUGGAUCUCGCGAAUACCUUAGGCCAACGCUUUCAUCGGACUGGUCAGCUGGACGACAUCAAGAACAGCAUCCAGUACGGCUACGAAGCUCUGGCGCUUUGUCCGGAAGGCGAUGCUGGCCGCGCGGCAAUUUUGUCAUCUCUGUCGACGAGCUUGGGCGAGCGUUUCAUCCAGAUGGGUCGACUGGAAGACUCGAAUAACUGCAUGGCUUUUCUCCGCGAAGCCCUUCGUUUAUGUCCUCCGGAAUCUCUCAUGCGUGGUCCCCUGACGACAACUCUGACAGCACACCUCUGCUAUCGCUUGAAGAAGACACGAGACCCUGAAGACCUCAAAGAGUGCAUGAAGUACGGGCAAGAGGCACUGCGUCUUUGCCCACCGGAGAACUCUUUCCAUGCGUACAAUGUCUACAACUUCGCUUGGUGUUACCAGUGCAAGUAUGCCCAGACUGAAGACCCUGAGGAUUUGGACAAAGCUAUACUGUACUUCAGGCAGUCCCUAUCUGCUCGUCCAGACCAGUCUCCUAUUCAUUUGGCUCUGGUUAAUGACUUGAGCGACGCCCUCCUCAUACGGUACAAUGUGCGCAAGAAGCCGGAGGACCUCGAUGAGACCAUCGGUCUCGGGCAAGAGAUGCUGUCGACCUAUCCUUCGGACCAGGGCCACCCCGAACGCUUGCGCGUAUUGUACGAUCUUGCGUCGUCUCUGUACGAGAGGUAUAAGAACUUGGGAGAUAAAGACGACAUCUCAAAUGCCAUUCGAUACGCUGAAGAGAGCGCUCUUUCCGAACCCGUUCUCAGCCAUAUACAGCAGCUUCGGUCUGCGAUGCUCUGGGCGCAGCUGGCUCAUAUCGACAAUCACCCUCAGGCAUUCAAGGCUUACCGCACCUGCUUCGAGCUGUCGGAGCGGAACCUCGUGAUCGCGCCUACGCUUGAAAUGCAGCACGAAGUGGCACAGGUACAAGGGUCUGUGCCUCUGGACGCUGCGGCAUAUGCAAUCGGGCAGGGAAAUUUACGACUCGCGGUGGAGAUGUUAGAGCAGGGUAGGGCUCUCCUCUGGUCUCAGGUUCGCCGUCUGCGCACGUCCCUUGACCAGCUCGGCGAUGACAAGGACUCAGCAUCUCUGCGAGAUGCUUUCCUGGAGAAGAGUCACGCACUAGAGGCGAUCAGUACCUCCUCAAACCCUUUCAUAUAUGCCUCAGACGUCGAGAAAACGAAUGAUCGAUAUGGAUCUAUGCUGGAAAAGAAACGCCGUCUGUCUGCGGAACUGAAAGAGGUCGUCGAGCAGAUCCGCAAAAGGUUCCCAGACUUUCUCGGGUUACCCUCCUACGACAAGCUCAAGACGGUCUCUGCUGAGGGUCCGGUCGUCAUCGUCAACCAUAGCAAGUACCGCUCGGAUGCUAUCAUUCUUGGUCCUGCCGAGAACCUCAGCCACGUCCGACUUUCCGAUACCUUCUACGAGCAGGCCAUCGUACUGUCGGACAGGCUACUUAACGCGCGUCAGGCCUUGAAACGCUCCGCCCAGAAGGAAUACGAUCAGGCCCUGCGCCUCACGCUCAAGGUCCUCGGCGAGCUUCUCGUAGGCCCCGUCGUGGAAAAGCUGAGAGACCUCGGAGUCAAGGAAGGGUCUCGGAUCUGGUGGUGCCCGACCUCCGUGGUGUCUGCGUUACCGCUGCAUGCCGCAGGCCCGCUGAAGCUGCCAGAGCCGAAAUCAGCGAAAACCAAGGCGUACCUCCCGGACCUAUACAUCCCUUCCUACACCCCAACCCUCACUGCACUUAUCGAAGCCCGCGCGGCGCCGGCUAAUGGCCACGGACCAACAGAGCGCGGAGGCCUUCUUGGGGUCGCCAUGCUGGACAAGUCGCUGAAGGCGGUCGGCGAGGAAGUGAAGGUGCUUCGCACAAGCUUCGCGGACGACAAGCUCACACUCGCUAUUGGAAAUGGAUGUAAUCGCGAGGCGGUGGUCGAUGGCCUUGCACAGCGGCCCUGGAUACAUUUCGCGUGCCAUGGGACGCUGAAGGCAGGCGAGCCUUUCAACUCGGCGUUCAUACUGUCUGAAAGCGACCGACUAACGCUGCUCGACAUCGUUAAGGCUGGUCUGCACAACGCCGAGCUGGCGGUUUUGUCGGCAUGUCAUACUGCAGAGCAGACGCAGGGCAGCGCUACGGAGGAGGUUCUCCACCUGGCGGCUGCGAUGCAGUUCUCCGGCUUCCGAAGCGUGGUGGGGACGAUGUGGCAGGUGGAGGACGACGAUGGACCAACGUUCGCGAAAGACUUCUACCACGAGAUUUUUGCAGAUCAGAACGAGGACAACUCAUCCCUUGCGGCUGAAUUUGGAUUCAAGAAGGCUGCACGAGCGUAUUGCUCCGCAACGAAGGAGAUGCGUCGGAACAAGAUAAAUCUGGAGAGAUGGGUUAAUUUCGUACAUAUUGGGGCAUAG